UAAAACCCCAAAAUAACACACAUACAAACCGUUACUAAGUUUUUUUUAGGUUAAACAUAAAACAGGAGGUUGUGUUGGGUGUGCGGCCGGAGCAAUGGAGGCGACACCAAUACUGGAUGUUCGGUCAGUCGUUGAAUCAAUUGACGGCAAUAAUAAUAGUUCCCCUGUUUACCAGGUCGAAAGCCUCUGUAUGCGCUGCUAUGAAAACGGGACAACACGAUUUUUGUUGACAUUGAUUCCACACUUUAGAAAGAUUUUGUUGUCAGCCUUUGAAUGCCCCCACUGUGGUGAGAGGAAUAAUGAGGUGCAGUUUGCUGGUGAGAUACAGCCCAGAGGCUCUCGUUACCAUGUGGAAUUUUCGUCUGGUGAUCAAAAGAUGCUUAAUCGGCAAGUAGUAAAAUCCGAGACUGCAACAAUCAAGAUUCCUCAACUGGAGUUUGAGAUUCCCCCAGAGGCACAACGUGGAUCGUUAUCAACGGUAGAAGGGAUAUUACUUAGAGCUUCUAACGAAUUGCAAGCCCUUCAAGAAGAGAGAAAGAAAGUGGAUCCCCAAACUGCAGAAGCAAUUGACCAGUUUAUACUUAAAUUAAAAGAAUGCGCAGCAGGAAAUUCAUCUUUUACCUUCAUUCUUGAUGAUCCUGCUGGUAACAGUUUCGUGGAAAACCCGUUUGCUCCGUCACAAGAUCCAGCAUUAAGUAUUGAGUUUUAUGAGCGAACUCGUGAGCAACAGGCAUUGUUGGGAUAUCUUGUUGGUCCACCACAGGCAUCAGAAGUCAGCACUGGAGCAGCACUAAAUAGUAAUGCUGGACCACAUGGAUCUGUUGGAGCUGUGGCCGGCCGUCGAGCAAUUGCCCAAAGCAAUAGUGCAGAAUUUGCUGAAGCAAUAUGUCGCUAUACUGCACCAGAAGAGGUGAUGACUUUUCCAUCAACAUGCGGUGCUUGUGCUGUAAGCUGUGAGACUCGGAUGUUCGUCACCAAUAUCCCCUACUUUCAAGAAGUAAUUAUCAUGGCAUCUACCUGUGAUGCUUGCGGGUAUCGUAAUUCUGAGUUGAAGGCUGGUGGUGCCAUUCCCACUAAAGGCAAGAAAGUUUCCGUUAUUGUGAAGGACAUACGUGACUUGGGCCGUGAUGUCAUAAAGUCAGACACUGCCAGUGUAAUAAUUCCAGAAAUAGAUCUGGAGUUAGAAAGUGGCACGUUGGGAGGUGCUGUGACGACCGUUGAAGGUUUGGUCACUAAGAUAAGUGAAGCUCUUGAGAGAGUGCAUGGGUUUACUUUUGGAGAUAGUUUGGAGGAGGGCGAAAAAGAGAAGUGGCAGGAUUUCAGAGCAAGACUUGUUAAGCUUUUGAGUCUUGAAGAACCCUGGACUUUAAUUAUGGAUGAUGCACUGGCAAAUUCUUUUAUUGCUCCAGCUUGUGAUGACAUUAAAGAUGACCAACAGCUAACAAUUGAGGAAUAUGAGAGGAGUUGGGAACAAAACGAGGAGUUAGGUUUGAAUGAUAUGGACACAUCUUCGGCCGAUGCUACUUAUAACUCAAUCAACUCCUCUUGAUACCACUACGAUCUCUGUUAUUUCUUCCAGGUUGAACCGAAGGCUAGCUUAUGUAUCUCAUAUUGUUUGGUGCCUCUUGGUGAGCAGUGACAAUCUGUUUUUGUUGCUGUAGUAUCAAGUGGGCUGAUCAAUCGACUUAAAACAACUACUUACAACUUUUUAGUAGUUUAUUUUUUUAUCACAGAAAACCUUAAAUUAAAGCAGCACUCUGAGAAAAGUGUAUUUAUAUGUGAAGAAAGGUUUCAAUUUAUUUAUUUUUUGGUGGUU